GAGGCUUUCCUCGACUUCGCGGGAACGCUGGAGAUAUCCCCCAUGGGGGCUUUCUUUGGUGAGCUCAUGAUGAGGUCACCAACCUUGCUGCCUUUUGGCAAGCGCAUUGGCCUCAUCAUCCCAGAUCCGGUCGCAGAGCCUUUCACGCUGUCCAUCGGCUACGACCCUCUCCUGCAGCUGGCCACGCUGGGCCUGCGAGCCCACGCCAUCAUGUCGGCAGACAAGGACCUCCAACUCGGAAGCGGCGAUGCGGGCAAGGCUGCACAAGACCGAUGUGCAGAGAGCCCGCAGUGCGCCACGAUCUUCGCCCACCUGGGCCUGGAGAUCAACCUUGUGACAGGCGCCCCGACGUCGAUGUACAUUGACACCCGCGCGGACCAAGCCAUGACGGUGCCCAUGGUUCUGCAGGCGGCCCUCGGCUAUGACCUACCGGAUGGAAUCCACAGCAUGGGCGAGUUCUAUUUCGGGGAGUUCGGGCCCUUCGCGAUCCGGUUCAGCUACGACGCGCUGGAGCCCGCGAACGUCGAGCUGUAUCUCGUUGCCGCAGUGGGGCUUCCCGUGCUUGGCACCUCCCUGAUGGUAAAGGUGGAUGCAAGCCUCGCGCGGACCGUGUUCGAGUUCCAAGCAGUGAUGAGCCAGGGCUGUCUUGGCUUGACCCUGGACAACAAGUGCAACGGACUGGAUGUGCAGGCAACAAGCGUGGGCAGAGAGGCGUGGAGCAAUCUCUACGGCGAGCUGGCUGAGCUGUUUGGGGAGGGCUUCAGCGCAAGCAACCUGCCCAGCGGGCUGGACUCCGAAGACAAAGCAGGUCCAGCCGUGUCCCUGACCCUCUCGCCGCAGAAGUUUGAGUUCGCAGGAGAGGCCUCGGCCGACAUUGUGGUCGGGGCAGCGCCCUUCCUGAGCCAGCUGCUUCCAUCCGGCAAGAUCAAGUGGGAAGUUUCGGCCGAAGCGGUGAAGUUUGACGCGACCCUGAAGAGCCCGCUGUCAUCCUACCAGGUGAGGCUGGACCUUGAUUUGUCACCACUUUCACUGAACGAGUUCUACAUCUCCCUCGAUUACGAACCCCUCUACGACUUCGCAAAGGAUGCGGUGAAGAAGACGAGCCAGGAGGUCUAUGAUCUCUGCGAGUUCCUAGAUGUUUGGAAUUCGCUCCGCUUCAGCAAGUUCUUCUUGCAGUUCAAGGCCGGUGUUGCGGAGCUCGGCACCGAUAUGACCAUCUUCAGCAAGCAGAUCUCCCUCCGCUUGAAGCUUGACUUCCAGGCGAUCGUGGAAGGUCUGGUCAAGCUCUUCCGUGGAGAUUUCAGCGGCCUCUCAAAGCUGGCAACGAGCAUGUACGAUGCCCUCAAGGAGAAGGUGGGCGCAGAUCCCUGCGCUUGUGCAGAGCCCUGCAGGGCCCGAUACAAGACGACAUUCCCCGUCAUGGAGGAGCACAAGGAAAAGGUGCCGGUCCCCUAUUGGGGCCGUUGCCGAGUCCGGUACCCUUGUGGCGUCAAGUGUCCUGGUGUGUUUCAUCCUCUUUUCACCAUCCCCACGGUGCAGAAAACUGGCUAG